UGACGUCAUCGCACGGCGCCGCGUCCCGCUGGGCGCAGGGAGGGGGCGGUGCGGCCGGGCCUGGCCCGGUGGCCCGGGGCCCCGUGAGCGGCGGGAGAGGCGGGACGGAGGGACGGAGGGACGAUGCUGUUCUCCCUGCGGGAGCUGGUGCAGUGGCUGGGCUUCGCCACUUUCGAGAUCUUCUUGCACGGCCUCGCCCUGCUGGUGUUCUCCGUGCUGCUGGUGCUGAAGGUGGACAGCGAGGCCUCGCCGCUCUCCUGGUGGGUCGUUUUCGUCCCCUUCUUCGUCGCAGACGGCCUCAGCACCUACUUCACCGCCAUCGUGUCGGUGCGGCUCUUCCAGGACGGCGAGAAGCGGCUGGCAGUGCUGCGGCUCUUCUGGAUCCUCACCAUCCUCAGCCUCAAGUUCGUCUUCGAGAUGCUGCUGUGCCAGAAGCUGGUGGAGCGCACGCGGGAGCUGUGGUACGGACUCAUCAUGUCGCCCGUCUUCAUCCUUCUGCAGCUCCUCAUGAUUAGGGCCUGCCGUGUGAACUGAGCCUUUGGGGCCGUCCCGGCCCGGCGCUGUGCAGUGAGGCUGGGCGCAGGGUUUGGGAGGAGCACGCCGUUCUGCUGCGGAGCAUUUUGUUUCUUCAGAAACUGCUUUUGCAUUUCAGGCUCACUCAGUCCGUGGUGUGAGUCUUAAAAUAUCCCAAGUGCAGGCACUUUAUGGUAUGCCAGGUGUAUUAUUUUAAAAUAAAAGUGCAUGGAAUAA